AUGGAAACAAAAAAAGAAGUAGUAGCAUUCUCUUUGGAUUCAGAAUAUGUCCAAGAAUAUAUUAAAGAAAAUCCAGCUUUUCUUAAUAUUGUUUCUUCUUUGGCUUUAAAUCAAACAUAUUUAGAAUUAUUUAGUCAAUUAAUUUUGGAAGUAAAUGAAUUAAUUGAAGUAAAUAGGCAUAAACAAGAAGAAAUUAAAUUGUGUCGAUUUGGGGAUUUGGAAGUAAAUGAAAAAAUAACGAGAAAGAGAAUGAAUUUGCCUUCUUGUUGUUAUCCUUAUUUUAAAGAUUUUAAUGGAAUGUCUGCAGGUCUGAAUGCCGAAGCUUUAGCAAUUAAAGAACUUUCUGUUGAUCCAUUAAUGGAGGAAGGGCGGCGAUGGAAUUAUUAUGAAAUUAAUUUGUUACGUAUUUCUGUCUGUUCUUCACUUAAAGAUGGAAAAAUUGGAAUUAUUAAUUUUGGAAAAGAAAUUGUUUUAAAUAAAUUAAAUGCUGCGGGUGUUGAAAUAACUAAAACACAAAAACAGAAAUGGAUUGGGGAAAUUGAACGUGCAAACAAACAAAUUGCCAAAAUUCGUGCCCAACCAAUAAAUACUUUUCUUCAAAAAAAUCGUGAUUAUUCUACUGUCGAUUGGGCUAGAAUCUCUGCUAGUGAUUUUAAAGGACUUCGUUCAAUUUCCCAACUUCGCCAAAAAUGGUAUAACCAAUUAUGUCCAAAUUUAAGCAAAACAAAAUGGACAGAAGAAGAAGACAAACAAUUAAUUGAUUUGUCCAAAAAUUUUUCUAAUUGGAAUGUUAUAUCUGAAAAUAUGGGAAAUACUCGAUCGGCAUUUCAAUGCUUUCAACGAUUUAUUUAUUUGAAACAAAAUGGUGGAGAGCCAAAUCUUUGGAAGCCUAAAGAAGAUAGAAAGUUGCUCAAAUUGAUUAAGUUGCAUAAAGUUGGAGAUGAAAUUCUUUGGGCUAAAAUUGCUGGUUAUAUGCCUGGUAGAACUAAAAUGAGUUGUGAAUAUCGUUAUUCACGUACUUUAGCUGAAAAAAUACACAGAGGUCGUUGGACUGAAGAGGAAGAUUUGAAACUUUUGGAGGCUGUUGAUAAAUAUGGAGCUAGGAAUUGGAUUAAAGUUUCUGAAUGCGUUCAGGGCCGAUCACCUCUUCAAUGUAGAAAUAGAUGGGUACAUGUACUCGAUCCUAAACGUCGUGACCGGCCAUGGACAUUAGAAGAGCAUAUAAGAUUGUUCUAUUUUAUUCGUCUUUUUGGUCGUGAUAAAUGUGCUAAAAUUGCAAAAUUUUUGCCCGGAAGGAAUAAUAUGGAUGUUCAUAUGCGGAUUAGAUUUUUGAUUAAAUUACAUAUUGAGAAAAAUUCUGAGGAAAAAUCUCCUGUUUUUCGUCAUUUUGCUUACAAUUAUAUUCAUUAUAAAACCCGUCGUAAAACUAUUAUGGAUAACUUCAGCAAAUAUUUGGAGGAUAAACAGAAAGACAAAAAGACAUUUAUGAAAGAAAGACUUGGAUUUGGUUCAUUUAUAGGUUUGAAUUUUUGGAGAGAAAAAUUUAUUUAUUUUUUAGAAAAUAAUAUUAAAAAGUCAAAAUCUUCUGAACAAGUUAAUGAAUGGAGUGUUAUUGGAUCUGGUAGAUGGACUAGACUUCAACAGAGAAAUCCGAAUGAGCAGGAUCAUAAGGAAAGAAAAAAGGAACUUGAAUUGCUUCCAGAUGAUCAACGUGCAGAGGUAUUAUUAUGGUUAGAAAAAUCUGAUGCUAGAUUAGAAGCUGAACAAGAAUGUGAAAAACAAAUACCUGAAGAUCCUGAACUUGCUGUAAAAUUUUAUGAAAAAAUGUUUACUAAAGAAAGAAUUGAAGGAUUAUUUAAAUUAAUUGAAGAAUUAAUUCCGCCAAAACAAAAGGAUAUUACUUAUUUUGAAAAUCAACAAAAUCGGAGUAAGAGUGUUGGAAGGUCUAAAAGUCUUGUUUCUCGCUGCAAAAGUGUUGGGACUACUAAACUGGAGUCCGUAAAAAAUGAAGAAGUUGUUGAAGAGAAAGAAGAAAGUUUGGCAAAAAAGAAGAGAAAUAUUUUUGGAAGAAUUAAUGAAAAUAAGAAGAAGAAUAGUAAAUUAGAAGAAAAGGAGGAGGAAAAGGAAAAUAAAGAAGUAAAAAAAGAAGAAAAUAAGGAGGAAGUAGAAAAAGAAAUUUUAAUUGAAAAUAAUCGUCAAAGAAAAUCAAAAAUUAAGGCAAAGGAACGUAUUGAAAAUGAUGUUAAAGUUUUAAAUAAAACAAAGUCUUUAAUUAAUGUUAGAGGAAAGAAACGCAAACUUGAAUGGUAA